AUGUUCGGGAUUCAGGAGAGUAUUCAGAGGAGCGGGAGCAGCAUGAAGGAGGAGCCGAUGGGCGGCGGCAUGAACGCGGUCAGAACGUGGAUGCAGGGCGCCGGAGUGCUGGACGCAGCCACAGCCGCUCAGAGUGGAGUGGGUCUGGCCCGGGCUCACUUUGAGAAGCAGCCGCCCUCCAACCUGCGCAAAUCCAACUUCUUCCACUUCGUUCUGGCUCUGUACGACAGACAGGGGCAGCCUGUGGAGAUCGAGAGGACCUCGUUCGUGGGAUUUGUGGAGAAAGAAAAGGAACCGACCGGAGAAAAGACAAACAACGGGAUCCACUACAAACUACAGCUUCUCUACAGCAACGGUAUCAGGACAGAGCAAGACUUUUAUGUACGGUUGAUUGACUCCAUGACUAAACAGCCUAUCAUUUAUGAAGGUCAAGACAAGAAUCCAGAGAUGUGCCGAGUGCUGCUAACACAUGAGAUAAUGUGCAGCCGCUGCUGUGACAAGAAGAGUUGUGGCAACCGUAACGAAACACCCUCCGACCCCGUCAUCAUAGACAGGUUUUUCCUGAAGUUCUUCCUGAAAUGCAAUCAAAACUGUCUAAAGAAUGCAGGGAACCCACGAGACAUGCGACGCUUCCAGGUGGUGGUGUCUACAACGGUCAGCGUGGAUGGCCACGUCUUGGCCGUGUCCGACAACAUGUUUGUGCACAACAACUCCAAACAUGGGCGCAGGGCUCGCCGACUGGACCCCUCAGAGGGCACCCCAUCAUACCUGGAGCAUGCAGCCACUCCUUGCAUUAAGGCCAUCAGUCCAAGCGAAGGAUGGACCACAGGAGGAGCCACUGUGAUCAUCAUUGGGGACAACUUUUUCGAUGGGCUGCAGGUCAUCUUCGGCACCAUGCUGGUCUGGAGCGAGCUCAUCACCCCUCACGCUAUCCGGGUACAGACUCCCCCCAGACACAUACCUGGAGUGGUGGAGGUUACUCUGUCCUACAAGUCCAAACAGUUCUGCAAGGGAACACCAGGCAGAUUCAUCUACACAGCACUGAAUGAGCCCACCAUCGACUAUGGUUUCCAGCGAUUACAGAAGGUCAUCCCCAGACACCCUGGUGAUCCUGAACGCUUACCAAAGGAAGUGAUUCUGAAGAGAGCAGCAGAUCUUGUAGAAGCCCUGUAUGGGAUGCCUCACAAUAAUCAGGAGAUCAUUUUGAAGCGGGCAGCAGACAUUGCUGAGGCUCUCUACAACGUUCCACGCACACACAACCAGCUACCAGGCCUGGCCAACAGCUCUGUACAUGCAGGCAUGAUGGGUGUCAACUCCUUCCAUGGUCAACUCGCUGUCAACGUCUCUGAGUCCACGCAGGGGACCAAUCAGGGUUUCAGUCGGAACACGAGCAGCGUGUCUCCUCACGGUUACGUGCCCAGCUCUACACCCCAGCAGAGCAGCUACAGCACUGUCAGCACGAGUAUGAAUGGCUAUGGCAACAGCGGCAUGACCACACUGGGAGGAUCACCCAACUUCCUAAACGGUUCAGCUGCCAACUCCCCCUACGCCAUCGUCCCGUCCAGUCCCACCAUGGCCUCCUCCACCAGCUUGCCCUCCAACUGCAGCAGCUCCUCAGGCAUCUUCUCCUUCUCUCCGGCCAACAUGGUGUCGGCUGUCAAACAGAAGAGCGCCUUCGCCCCAGUGGUCCGGCCUCAGGCCUCACCCCCUCCCACCUGCACCAGCGCAAAUGGCAAUGGCCUCCAAGUAGAUCAGUCUUUUGUGGACUCUAGCAAGUAUUCUACAGCCAGCUCCCUGCAGGGACUGGCCUUCUCCUGAACUAUCCCAGGCAUGAUUGUUCCUCCCAUGUAGUGGCUCCUGGGCUACUGAAGAGGCACAUUUGACAUCGGCUCAUGUUCGAAACACACUAGGUCUGGACCAAGGGUGUCUCCAUGUGGCCAGAACAAAAAGAGAUAAAACCCAGACUUUGAAAACUCAGGCCUUUUUCAACUGAAUCUCACAUGAAGGGAAAUGCGUAGUGGUGGUUUGAUUUUUCUAAAUGAAUUUUUAGACCUCCUCUGCUGAAGGACGAGUCCACAUGAGCUACCUACGCUGAGAGAGUGACAGCCUUUUUCAUUCUGGUCAUGUUUUUUUUUGAUGAAGUGGACAUCAUAUGCCUUUUAUACAGACUGUACCAUAAACACAUGACACUAUGAGAGCAGUUACUGUAAUGUUCCUGAAAGCUGGAUGCUGGGUAGCCACGAUGGAAAAUGGCAGAAAACUUUAGCAAAGCAGGUCAUCAUCAGUCCUACUGAAUAUUCAUUUAAAGUUGUUUAAGACAUUUAUAUAGCCAAAACAAAAACCAUAUUGGCCAGCUGUGUAAACAGGUGUUUUCUGUAUAAACAAGGUGAGGAUGGAUUCCUAGUUCUGGCGCCAGUCAUAAGCCAACAAAUGAAGUUUGCCAUAAAUUUUGUUCCAUUGUUUUCAUUUGUACUGCCAUAGUCUUCAGUAAUGUUUUGUGUUGAGUGUUCAGGUACAUGCUGGUUCAGUUAUUUUGUCUUUAGAGACAGCAAAGCUCUUAUAAAGGUAGCCAUGAGCUGAUUGUCAGUAGGCUUCUGGCCCACUGUGAAUAACUUGGACCCCACGAAAGAGAAGAGUGCUUAAAGAGUAGAAUUUCAGCUGAAUCAAUAUUUAUGUUUGUACAAAAUGAUUUUCUGCUUGACAGUGCCAGAAUAUGCAGUAAACAAAAAAAUGGAAAACACCACAAAGUACACUAUGAGUUGCUCUGCCAUUGUAGCUUUCAGUCUUGAAAAUUAAGUGCAUUUUUUACAUGUGCUGAAGGAUAGUCAUAUGGAGCUGCAUCAUGAAGCCAUAAGAAGUUUGUUUUUCUCAUAUUUAAAAAGAAAAAAGAAAGAAAAAAAACAUUAGACUGUGAUUAUGACCUUUGCUCCAAGUGACCAUCAGUAAAGGAUAAAAUUAAGGGACACAGAUGAAGGAUAUAUGCUCAGUGCCGGCUGCUAGAACAACCCCCUUUUAAUUCUUUUCUUUUUGUUUUUCUUUUGGUGACCGUGAAGGAAAUGACUUGAAUAAACAGAGGAUGCUGAUAUUUUGCCAGCACUGUAUAACCUGUUCUUUAAUAUGUGUCAAUCACCCAGCAAAUGACAGUUUGAUUGGCUCCCUUUAGUAGUCAUAUAUUUUGUACAUAUGCUUUUUUUGCGUUGUUUUUGUUGUUUGCCAAAAUUGUUAAAUAUAUUUAUAUCAAAAUGUCUUAAGGCAGCUUGUCAGUUUAGCAUCACCAGUGAUCUGUACUACAUACCCAAUCUCGCCAACUUUAGCAAAAGAAAAGCAACAAUUUGGAUUCGGGACAUAAAGAAUAGGUUCUGUAAAAUAUCCAUAUACAUAAUGUAUUUAUCUCUAGAGUUUGUACAUUGCUUUUUUCCCCUCCCCUUUUAUUUGAUCGUGGAGGUUUCUAUGUGGUUAUGUGUCGUUUUAUCACCACCGUUGUCCUCGUUGAAAUUGUAUUUCAUGGAUUGUUUGUAUUUACUUUUUGUGUUUGCCAUGCUUCCAUUUUUAAGUUCCAUUCAUUAAAAAGCCAUUGUCUAUUUUUGUAUAAUUUGUAAGUUAAAAGAAUUUGUUUUCCUUUUUGGAAUUUUUUAAUGUAUGGCAAAAAGUAGCAUCUUAUUCUGAUAGCAUUUAGUUAUGUAGAUUUUAAAAAAAAAAUAUAUAUAUAUAUAUAUAUAUAUAUAUGAUGAAUAUAUAAAUCUAUAUCUUUUUUGUUUUUCUCUUUGAGGCUUACAAAAAUUGAUACUGUUGUUAAACUAAUAAUAUGCAUGGGCUAUUCUCUUCUGAGAGUGUGUUUGAAACUAGAAGGGGGGAUUUUUUGGAUGAUAUAUGAAAAUACUUUCUUUCUCUUUCGUGUUUCUUUUUUCCCCUUUAUUUCCCUCUUACAUUUCUCUCUGCUUUUCAUUUCUCAGUUAUUUAUGCCUGCUUGUACAUCUGUAUAUUCUGUCUUUUUCCCUUUUCACUCAUACCAGUACCAGCAGUUUAGAUGCCUUAACAAUGCAAACCCAUUCGCAUACAAUCACUUGUACAGUUAUUAUCACGACCAUUAGAAGAUACCAUUGAUUUUCUCAAGGGACGGUUUUGCGAUGCGGAACAAAAGAAAAAAAGAAAAAAAAGCACAAAUUGGGCCGUUUUACCUAGAUACUGUUUAUAAGAUCCAGCUCAGCAAAGCAGGGAAGGUUAAGCGAAUAUGUUUGUCCUUUUUGUAUGUGUUUGGAUUAUAAAGGAUAAUGAGGAGCUUUUGCGUUUGGAGGUGUAUGGAGAGAGUGUAUGAUUCAUAUUUAAUGUCUGUUGCAGCUGUGUGUUGCUAGGGGGAUGGGGGUGCACUUUAUUAUUAAUUUAAAACAAAAGGCUGCCUUUUUAAUUUUCUGUUUGUGCUCUAUUAAUGUGUGUUUGCAUCAAAGAUCCAUGAGGGUGGGGGAACCUAAAAAGCCAUAUUGUGCUGGCUCACUAUCAGCACAGAGAGUGACAUUCUGGUGGUUUGACGGUGCAGACGGUGGCACACUUUUGCAUGUACGUGUGUCUGUUUUUGGUUUUUCUGGUGCCAUCAUAGUCCUGCAGUAAAUACUGCUGACUCUAACUGAGAGGUGUGGUUGUCAGAGCACAAUGAUCUGCCCUUAGCUCUGGGGGCCCCUGGCUCUCCAGUUCUUGCGCUCUCGCUAACUAUGUUUGCUUCAUUGCUAACUCUCUUUCUUGUGUCAGCCAAAUUGCCCCCCUCAUAACAAUAUCGCCAACAGAGCCCCAAGUGAUCAGGCUUCAAAGUGCAGGGCCCUUUGUGAAUGGUCUAAAGUGGCGUGUUUGUGUAGCGUAGUGUCUGCAAGCUGCCGCCGGAGAGAGAAUAUGGCUUUUCAUUUGCUGGUGUUGCUUUCUGUGUGUGAUUCUGCGUAAUUCUGAGUGAAUGCUUGUGUGUGAGGACUUUUUAACAGAAGCCACUGAUGACAGAGCCACGAUUGGGUUCUUCUCACAUAUUUUCACUCUUUUUUGUGGGGCUUUUUUCCCCUUUCAUAUGAAUUCUAAAUAUAUGGCUUCUACAAUGGCCUCUUUGUAUGUGAAUCCAUCUUAAUGAUUAGGAUGGACAGCUCAUAAAGCAACAAGCAUUACUGUAGGAAGCAAGACUCAAACCAAAAAGCUGGUUCCCUCUCUUUCUUUUCCCUCUCUCUCUCUCUCUCUCUCUCUUUCUCUCUCUCUCUCUCUCUCUCUCUCUCUCUCUCUCUCUCUCAUUCUGUCUUUUUCUCUUUUUUAUGUCUUUGAAUGGAUACACACUGAGCAGUUCUAUUGAUAGGGAAAACCAAGACAAAAACUACUGUAUAGAUUGUUAUCAUUUUUUUGAUGAAAGCUGUAAAAUAACUUUUGAGAAUUCACAAUAUUAAAUUAAAGCUACUUCUUGUCUGUGA